GUGUGAAGCGGUUCUGUUGAGUUUUUUCUCGCGCGAGCCACGCACGGAAAUAAGCGGAAAAGAUUUCGGGGACGAUUUUCGGUGCACACCGGUGCAUUCCGUUGCUUUCGCUCUGUGACCGUUCCUUAGCGAUCGUGUUGUUUUGUAGUUGGUUUUGAAACGUUUCCUUAACACCGCGACACCGAAGAUAGAGCAGAGCAAGAACGGGAGAAGAAGAAAAAUAAACCGCAGGCCACCAAUUUGUGCUUGGUUGAGGGCUUGGCUGUCACAGUAGCAGCCCUUCCAGCGUGACACGAUCGUGUAGUGAUCCUCGCCCUCUCCAACGACCAAAAAGAAGAAACGAGCAGGGCGAGAGUGUGUUUGGCUGUGUGUGUGUGUGUGUCUGCGUGUAUGUGGAAGAGAGCAAAACCGGCCACCAUCGGGCAAGAUCCUCACGGGAUGUGAAUUUGUUGCUUGUGUUGCAAUGUUGUCGUAGCAAAACAUAUUUCUGAUCAAGUGUUUGUUGAGCGAAAAGUGUGUUUCUCGAAAACAGCUCCAAAAGCCGGUGUUAUUACUUUUGAGGCGCUGUUAUUAUUAUCAUUGGCACCAGCCGCUAGGUGCAUACGACCGGUCCAAGUGCAUAGCAAAAGGAGGUGGAAACCGAGUUCGAUACACUCCGUCGCGUCGUGUUUUUUCUUUUCGCCCUCCGCUCGCGUGGUGUCACACAGCCGAGAAUGAAACGUGUCGUUCUACGUUUGUAUUGAAAGUUUUUCAUUCCAUAUUUAUUUGCUUCUGCCCCCCCUAACGCACGCCUAGUUAAGUUUGGUUAAUCGAUCAUCGGGAUCCCCAUAUCGUGGGAUGGGUGCCCGAUGAUGCACUUUUUAGUUAGUCAACUGCAUUUCGAUUUUCGCUUUUUUUCCUAUCAGUGAGUGAGCGUGCGUGUGUGUGUGUGGUUGUGUGUAUGUAAGUGAGUUAAAGUGUGCGUGUUCUGUCGUGUGUUACACUAUCUAUUUGAAGCGAUAUAGCUUGCGAUGACGAGGUUUACGGCUCAUCGAAUUCUUUUGUUUUUCCCUGUCACCUGCUAGUGAUAUGCGUGUGUAUGUGUGCGUGUGUGUGGGAAAAAGAGAUCGUAUGUGUGUGCCACCCGAUCCCGGUAAAGCCAAUGGAUACGAAACGCGGCUACCGAUGAUUUGUAAAGCAGCGAAAAAUACUGCACAAUUCGCAAAUUUUCCAAAACGCGCGCGUGUGUGUGUGUGUGUGGUGUCGCUGGGCCAAUAUUUUCCCUCAGCAGCACCACGACCUGUAAGUGCGUUUGUUUGUAUGGGGCGCGAGUGGAUGGUACGUGUGUACGUGUGCCCGCAACUGAUUGAUGAUCGAUUACGGGAGUAGCGAAACAAAACGCUAACUUGAAACCGCCGGAAUCACGCUGUAACGUGUGACAAAUAUGUCAAAUAAAUUAACGAAAGUCCCGCUUUAAUCGUGCAGUGUGAGAUGGAGCAGGGGGCAAUGAGUGUGAGCGAGAGUGACCAAAGCACGCAUACCAAAAUUACUCUCCUUUUUGUGCGAUGAUGAUAGUACGGUUUGUGGAAUAAAACCACCCACUUCAUCCACCCGUCCACCCUCCAAAACGCAGGGGCGGCGUGAUUUGACACUUGAGCCUCCCACAACCCGGCUUUAUGCGCGCGUGUGUCUGUAUGGAUGAGUGUGUGUGUGUGUGUGCGUGUGCGGGAUCCCUUUCUUGUUACAUGAAAAAUGGAUAGGUUCAAUGACACGGCACGGCUCGCACGGGGUGUGAGCGAGCGAGUCCGCCAGCGAGAGCGAGAGAAAGAAGGGAUGAUAGUGCCCGAGACGCGUGUUUUGUACCGUAUGUGUAGUAUGAAUCAGCUUUGAAAUCUGUUCUCCCCCAUUCCGUGGAAUGAAGGAGAGAGAGAGGGAGCGAGUCAGAAUAAAAGAGAACGAAUCAGAAUGACCAGUACCGAGAUAAUGCGAGGAAAAGAGAAUACACAGACAGAGAAGGAAAUACAGUAUGGAAGCGAGAGCGCACCAUUCUGCGUGAGCGAGAGGCUCGAAAAUACAGUUCAAUCGCAUGGACCACUCCAACCCCAACAAUUCACAACCCCUUCGGGUUCCCAUGGGGAAGCGUCAAACAUCAAGUCUCGAGAGCAAUAGAAAUGUGGUUAGAAUUAAAGAGAGAUAGACAGUGGGUGAGAGAGUGAGAUUAAGAAAAGUCGCUUCCCAUUUCCACCCCGCUUGACCAGGUCGAACAUUUGCUAGACAGUUCAUCAACGUUACUUCAAUGUAACUAAACAUUCUUCCCAUCAUCACACUGGCAGGUCGCUAACACCUUAGACACCAUCGAUUCUUCUCAAAACGUAAUCUACCAUUUUUUAAACCCAUAACAGUGUCUCUUUCACAAUUAUCACCCAACUCAGCUCACCCCGCACGAUGGUCAGCACGCUCGACACACGAGCAUGUGUUGGUAGACUUUAGUAGCUUUGAUAGGUGCAGGUCGACGAAUAGGGGUUUUUACAUCUUACCCAUACACAUGCAAGGACGUGCGAAGCGUGUUGGGAUUGUCACCGGGGCAUGAUAAUGGCGCGAGCGGAUGCCUAGAAAACAUCAUUAUCAGGUGUGUCAGGUUUUGCCUGGGCACCUGUUUUCUUAUCGGAAGUUUGAUAUCGGGGAUCGCAUUUCGAUUAGAGCGGUCGGCCGUAACGUUACACACACUCACUACCUUACACACAAACACAUUGCUAUGCUUACGCAUAAACACUGUUAGGAAAGCGUCUUAAAACCACUUGUUUGCAGGGCAGUUUGAAGCUGCUCACUAUUAGCCUUAGGAUGCUAUCGUAUGAAGCGUCUUACUCAGCUGGUAACGCCUUCGGUAACGCAUCCGUAACGCGUGCGACCACGGUUGACAGUCGAUCCGUGAUUUAACCAAACUUUUGUACAUUUUCUUCUUGGGGUUGGAAAAUUUGAGUGGCUUCUCACUGCCACUGACCACUGGCACGACUCUGGCGCCAAAAGCCACCAUUACCGUGUACUUCGUUCGUUUAGGGGGUUCGCCGGCGUGAGGACCCCCGGGCGAUCGGUCCUGUUGCCGUAUUUGUUUGGUUGCUGAUUUUUUACAGGAUUUUUUGCCUCCGCACUCCACUAGGAUGCUCGCGCGGUGUCAAUGAACUCGGGCUCGCGCAGUGUGCUCUUGCCCUUACCUCCCACAACGUCGCCGGUUCGUAACACGCGGUACGCCUUCGCUCGCCUUUGCCGGGUGACUUCCCAUCUCUUUCUCGCCGCUCACACUAUCUCGCAUCGAGUCACGCACUGUCUCCGUUUCUCCGUUUCUCUUGCUCUCUCUUCCCGUUUCUCGCAUGCUCCCGGGGGGCCGGAUGAUCUUGGUUCGUCGCGAUCCUGCAGCAGAUCCUGCCCAUGGUGAAACUUUCGGUGAUGUGACACACGAGCAAAGGAAAAACAAAGUGCAUUCAUACGUUCAACUGUGCCGAGUGAAGUAAAUAAAAAAAACCAGAAAAUCAACAAAGUAAAACCGGAAACCGGGUGCACGUACGGUGAACUAGAAACAAUUGUGUCAACAUCGAACAGCUGCAAAUCGAUGCAAAUGAAUACCGACCGGUGAACGGGUUGCGGAACUGAUUUACCGAAUUGCAUAAUUUCACAGUGUUGGCGUGAUAAACAAUUAAAAGCAAAGUGUAAAAAAGCCUCCUAAACUGUGUGCGUGAUAAUCGGUUUCACAACGUCUGUUAAGUGAUUCUUCAUUUUCCUGGUGUAAGAAAAAAACAGGAAGUACAGUGUAAUCGCUACUCUAACCAGAUAGCUCUGUUGACGUGAGCUUACAUCCAGUCAGAAUUCGUCGUCCGAAAGGUAUCAAACUCGCUGCAAGGAUGACUGUCGAAUGCAUUGAGGAUUUGUAUCCCACCUAAACCCUUCCGGCUGGCUGCGGGGCCAGCGUAAGGGUGCAUCACGAGUACGUACAGUGUUUGUGGUUAGAGAAGGCAAGAUACUGAUAAAGUGCAUCGUGCAGACGAUUUACGAUUAAAGAAAGAAGGGCUCCGCCCUUCGCUCAAAACCUCUUCGGGAGCGGGUCAUAACAACCGCUCCGUGCAACACUAGCUACCUCAGCUCAAAACACUACUCAAAACCCCUUCCGCUUCCGGGGUGACGCACCCUUUGAACCACUCGCUCCCAGAGCUCGUUCUCCAGCGCUACGCUCCAAACGUUUCGGCAAAUGGAUGACGGAGAAUUUUUGGACCUGUUCAGCCAAUCCUGGAAUGUCAAGUACCAAGCGGCGGCCAAUCGUGCGGGCACUGGUGACGAACCGGCAAGCGUUGGGUCGGUCGGUGGUGGAUACACCAAUACGGCGGCGGUGGCAGCCGCCGCGACGGCUGCAGCAACGGCGGCCGCCAUGGCAGCCGCUCCCAAGCUCACCUCACGGCUUAUGCAGCCCCAGCCGGGUUCUACGCCCACGGGUGGGCAGGGUACGCUGUACACCAGCACCAAACACUUUCUGGCUCACCUACCGCCAAACCACAAACCCGCCACCACCACCACCAACUCUUCGACGAACCCCGGCAGUGCAGUGUCGGGUAACCGUCAUGGGGCGCCACCGUUCAGCGUGUCGGCAGGUGCUCCAACGACUGAUUUACGUGAUACAAACCUAGGGCCUUUAAGAAAUACCAGUAGCAGUAGUACCAGCAGCAGCGCGACCAACACCAGCAGCAGCAGUACGGCGAGCAGCAACAGUAGCCAUAACACAACCACCACCACCAACGGCGCGCAGCAUCUGAUGGGUGGUGGUACCUUUGCCCGUGAAACCCGCGAGUUCCCAAAGCUAAGCCAUCGGCUGCUACAGCCGCUGAACUCGCACGAUCAGCCACCUCCGGGCGGUGGCGGCGCUGGUUCCGGUGGUGCUUCCUGCUCUGCCCAGACUGGCAUGCUUCGGAGCGGCCAGGAAGAACAGGACUACAAUGCUAUCUGCUCAACACUGUCGGCCGUCGCUUCGAUGGCUGCUGCCUCUUUCGCGAUGGAGGACGAGGAUCUGGCCGACAGUACCACGCCGCCACCGCCACCCUUCUCGUCCAGUGCUCUGCUGGCCGCUGGACUGGGAACGGGGAACGGUGGUGGAGGGGCAGGCGACGCUAACGGUGGUGUGGAAGGUGACAUCGGCCCAAACGGGGAACUGUUGGGUAUGAAUGGUCAUCAGCAUGAGAAAAAGACUCCCAAUUCAAUUAGAGCUCAAAUCGAGAUCAUACCUUGCAAGGUGUGCGGCGACAAGUCGUCCGGGGUGCAUUACGGUGUGAUCACGUGCGAGGGCUGCAAGGGCUUCUUCCGAAGGUCACAGAGCUCCGUCGUCAACUAUCAGUGCCCGCGAAAUAAGCAGUGCGUGGUGGAUCGGGUUAACCGAAAUCGAUGCCAGUACUGUCGACUGCAAAAGUGCCUAAAGCUGGGAAUGAGUCGUGACGCUGUCAAAUUUGGACGUAUGUCGAAGAAGCAACGGGAGAAGGUCGAGGACGAGGUACGGUUUCAUCGGGCUCAGAUGCGCGCACAAAAUGAUGCAGCCCCGGACAGUUCCGUGUUCGACACGCAAACACCUUCCAGCAGCGAUCAGUUGCAUCACGGUUACAAUGGCUACACAUAUUCGAACGAGGUUGGCUACAGCAGCCCGUACGGUUACUCGACCUCGGUGACGCCUCAGCAGACGAUGGGCUACGACAUCUCGGCCGAUUACGUGGAUAGUACAACAACUUAUGAACCAAGAAGUACGAUGAUAGACUCAGAUUUCAUAAGUGGACACAACAAGGAUGGCUCACCGGAUCAGAACCGGGCAAUCACGCUCAACGAUAUUCGUUUGGCGCGUGUGCAGCAAACGACCGCCACGACAACGACCGGCAGUGAUGUGAUCGCUGGCUCGGACGGGGGCGGUGUCAAUGACGGUGGUGGAGGACCCCGAGGUCUUGCACCUCAGCAGCAAGCAGGUCAAGCCACCGCCCAGCACACGAUCCCGCAGCAACCACAACAGCAGCAGCAGCAACAGUCCGCUGCUGUGACGGCGCUGGCAAACCAUCAAUCCACCGGCAACAACGGCAACAGCAAUGGCACUACCAAUAAUAGUACAAUUAUAACCAUCAAGCAAGAGCAGCUAACCAAUGUCGAUAGCAUUGUCGGUAGCUUUGUCGAUUCAACCACCUUCUUGCCAUCGCCGCCCACCAGCCAACAGCAGCAGCAGCAGCAUCCGCACCAUCAUCAGCACCAGCUGGGCAACGCCACUAUGGUCACGACCAAUGGUGGCGUCGGUGGCAUGAGCGCCGUAUCGGGAACGACGGCGGUGGUUGCAGUGGCUGCCACAACAGUCCCAACGUCCGUCUCAGGAUCAGAUGUCACUGGUAGUAACCUAAGACGGAACGACUGCUGCCAGAAUCCGGUCACGACUGGUGGCACCGGUUCGGAUGGUAUUCCGCACUCACAGGCUCACCACCAUCACCAUCACCAGAACACACCGGUAUCGUUUGGCGAGGAUGAUAGCUCCUGCGAUUCGCACACACGAUGGGCCGAAGGUGAUAUCAACGAUGUGCUGAUAAAGACCCUUGCUGAAGCGCACGCAAAUACCAACCACAAGCUAGAGAUAGUGCACGAAAUGUUCAGAAAACCACAGGAUGUUUCCCGCUUACUCUACUACAAGAACAUGACCCAAGAGGAGCUGUGGUUGGACUGUGCGGAGAAGCUAACAGCCAUGAUACAGCAGAUCAUUGAGUUCGCCAAGCUGAUACCGGGCUUUAUGCGAUUAAGUCAAGACGAUCAGAUACUGCUCCUCAAAACGGGCUCGUUCGAGCUAGCGAUCGUGCGCAUGUCUCGACUGAUGGAUCUCUCAACCAACUCCGUGCUGUACGGUGACAUAAUGCUACCGCAGGAAGCCUUCUACACGUCCGACUCGUUCGAGAUGAAGCUGGUGGCGUGUAUAUUCGAGACGGCGAAAAGUAUUACGGAGUUGAAGCUGACCGAAACGGAGCUAGCGCUCUAUCAAAGUCUGGUGCUACUGUGGCCUGAACGAAACGGUGUGCGAGGUAACACGGAAAUACAGCGGCUGUUUAACAUGAGUAUGUCCGCCAUCCGGCAGGAGAUUGAAGCGAACCAUGCACCGCUCAAAGGUGACGUGACGGUGCUCGAUACGUUGCUCAAUAAAAUACCCACUUUCCGUGAGCUCUCCAUCAUGCAUAUGGAAGCGUUACAGAAGUUCAAACAGGAUCACCCGCAAUACGUUUUCCCGGCGCUUUACAAGGAGCUGUUCUCGAUCGACUCGCAGCAAGAUCUGAUGACAUAACAGGAUGAUCAGGGCUAUCAUCAGCCGCCGCAGCAGCAACACCACCACCACCCAGAGCAACAGACACACUAUCAGCAGCAUCCACCGAUCGGCACAAUAUCGCACGAUUCCACCCAGCAGCAGCAGUAUCAACAUUCCUCUUCGUCGUCGUCCGGAUCGUCGUCGUUGGCGGCGUGCGAUCGCAGGGAGGACACGAUCGUUGCUAGCGAGCUGGACGAAGCAAUAGGACCACCGUCGCUAACGGAUAGCAAUACAAACAACAACGGCAACAAUACGUUUAUCAUCAUCAUCCAGAACGAUGGUGGCGUCGGUGAGGCAGCCCACCUACCGGCCGGCGUUCAUCCUUAAGUCCUGUCACUGCUCAACUACGAUACAAACAACCAUGCAAUAACUACGCAUAGCUACGGUGGAGGCGGUUAGCUAGUGAAAGCAGUCGGGAAAGCGCUAGAGAAGAAAAAACUAUGAAAAUCAACUAAAAAAAAGGAGAAGGAGAAGAAAAUCCACUCACACAAACACAAAACCCACACACGGAAAAUGCAAAGACGCGGAAAAAGAAAGCGCAACGUCAGUUGAGAGAGAGGGAGAGAGAGAGAGAGGGAAAGAGAAACUAGUAUGCACCUUUAGCAAUUGUUGAUGUAAAUGAAUUUACAAAAUUUGUUAUAUUAUUUUAAUAACUCGUAAGUCGAUAACACUGACGCAUAGCAUAGGAGAGAAAAAAAACACACAGAAACACGAGGAAGCAUGGCUGAGGGAAAACGAUAUGGCAGGACGAAGGUAGCGAAUGAGUUAGCGUAAUGGAAAGGAAAUGUAUUUUAAAUUAUUUUCCUUUCUGCCCCUUUUUUAUAUUCAUAUAUACAUAUAUUCGUGCCUCGAUCAUGGAUCAUAUACUGAUCGUUGUUUUCUAUUGUCUAUUUUUAAACAAGGAUUUAUUUCUUUUAUUUUUUAAACAAACACACACACAAAACGAUUAGACUGUUCGAUCCACACACACAAACAGGCGCGUGUUGUUGUAGUUAAGAGGUUGGGUUAUUUUACUCCUAACCAAACCCCGUGUACCGAUAGGGAUGCUACAUACACAAGAGACACAAACACAAACAUAAAAAGUGCAAUGAUCAGUCGAUCUAGGAGCAGGCUAUAGGGCAGAAGCUCGAUCACGGAUUGGCUUCUAUUCGACCGACACCCAACAGACACCAAGUUUUAUUUUGCGUUUGCGUACACCCAGAAUAUUCUGCAGUUUGGCAUAUUAUUAGGAAGAGUGCUGCCCACACCAUAUGGAAGCGAUCGGAGCGAAAAUCGCUUACUUUUUGCUUUCGUUUAGGGAGUUUGUAUUGUUUUUUUCCUUCUCUUAUUUCUUCGGUUAAGCGGCUAACGUACAAAACGAAGUAUGAAUUAUUGUUUUUGAUUUGUUGUUUUGUUUUUUUUUCUCUUUUUCGUUUGGACAAACUUAUUUUGUAACGAUGGACGAGAGGCAAAGAAUUAUAUAUCGAGAUGCGGUAUGUUAGGAAAAAUUUUCGGACCGACACCGGUUGUUUGCAUGCCUAAACCGUGCGUGUCGGUCUGUUGCAACUGAAUAGUCUGAUUUCUUUAGUUAAUACCUUCCGAUAUAGAAAAGCGAGAGAAAGAGAGAGAAAUUGAUACGAAAAGAGGAAGAAAAACGCAACUGAAGCACGUUACACGAAACGAAGGAACAGAAUCUCUCCCGCCCCCCAAAAACCUUUUCUCUCUUUCAUUUAGGGUCGCUUAAUUGUACGUGUUUUUUGUUUUUAAUUUCUUAUCUAGCGUUAGUGACUUUAUAGUAUACCGUUUUAUACCUUAAACAAACAAUUUGUGCUGGAAGCUGGUUGAGGCGCAAAAUUUGGAACCCAAUGAGUUGUGUGCACGUGUGUAUCAAACCUGUAUCAAGCUUCAAGGUCGUAGGUACCUAACCUUAUAAAUCCCGUACUCUGAUCGCCUUUUUUUACCUGCCUGCGUACUGCAUUUUUUGCGACCCAUUCGUUUUCCUACCCCCAAACACCCAGCCAAGGGUUGUCAGCCUUUUCGCUCAGUAUUAGAUCACGGAACGGAAAGGAAAAUUUAAUGCUAAAACAAACACACAAACUACAACAAAAAACCACAAGAAACCGAAAUAGACUUGCUGCCGAAAUCAUUUACGCUAAGUAACACACACAUCUCGCAACAACACUAGCUUCUUUCUUAUGCCUUUGAUCCGGCUAAAUAAUCGACCCUUUUUGGCAUCCGAAAAGAUUCGAUUCGAACCCCCGAACGGCUUCCAGUGUCUGCUUGUUGUUUGUAGUAGGGAUUUGUUGAGUUUGCAGGAAACCUAGAACACAGAUGGAGAUUGCGCUAAAUGCAAUUACACCGUAGCUUUAUCACUUCCAUUCCUACCAAUCGGAGUGGAAGGAACUUUUAGGGGAAUAUUCUUAAGCCGUAGUUCGAACGCCUCCUCUCGAACCGCCUUUUUACCGUAAAACAAACGAGCUGUGUUGUCGCUCUGGGUUUUCGUUGCUAUUUUCGUCACUGUUUUGUUUGCUUCUGUUAUUCCAUUGUCCUGUGUCAUAGCGUUCUGCAUUCGAAUUUGUUUUAUUUUUUUGUUUGCGAUAAGAUAGUUAAAGUGUGAACGUUACUGAACUGUUGUACUUCUGUUUCGACUUUGCAUGAAGCAAAAUGGCAGACUAACGUAAAUGACACCAGGACUGAGAAGGAACGGGAAAGGAAAAUUAAAAACUCGUACUGAAAUUAGAGAAUAAGAUAUUGUAGGACAAAUUUUCGCUUAGCAAACUCUUACAUUUAACACAUACAAACACGUACUCACACACACUCAGACCUGAUAAUGAUUUAGAAAUUCAUCUUUAUAAGCAUACAAUUGGCUACAGUGCGUGAAGAGUCACCAAAAGUUGAAUACAAAAAAUAUAAAUUUAGACAAUUACUAUUUUCGAAAUAUUUUUUCCGUUCGUUUGCUCAUUUGCUCAUUUCAAAAGAAGCGUUAGGGUUUUUUUUAAACUGGUUUCAUACAAAUGAUUAAGUGUUGUUUAAUUAUAAUCUGAGCAAACAAAAAAUCGCACACUUCCAUCAAACGCAUAGUUAAAUCAAUCGGUAUGAGAGGUCGGCAGUUUUCUUUCUGGAGGACAAAGGGGGAGAAAAAUAAAAUUAUUUAUGUAGUUGACCACACAUCACUUGGCCAAUCAUCAUUCUUCAUACGAACACACACACACACACAGUUAAACAAAAAUCUGAUUACAAAACUCUCUACAAGAUAUGAAUGUAAUAAACGGUACACAAUAGAUCAAAACCAAAUCUGGAACUCGAAUUGAGAAUGUUAGGCACAGGACACAAAAAAAAACGGUCAACGGAGGAGAAAAAAAAACAAAUUCGAACCGAAAAUGAAAUGAGAACUUAUAAAUGUAUGGGUGCUUCUAUAUGAAACAAAUAUAUAUAGGUAUAUAUAGAGAGAAAGUGGGAGAGAGAGAGAGAGAGAGAGAUAGAGAUGAGGAUAACAAAAGAAAAACAAAGCAGAAUGAUAUACAUAUAUAUACAUCUAUAUUUAAAAAAACUACAAAACAAAACUAAAGCGAUCGAAGAAAUAAGAGAAAGAAUAAGGAAAGUAGCAAAAGGAGGAAAAACAUACAAACAUAAAGGUGGGUCGGUGGGACAAAAAAGUAUAACAACAACAACGCUUUGGCUGGGCGCAGAAUGACUGUGAAAUGGUGUAAUAGGACAGUUGGUAAAGAAGGUGCAAAUGUUCUGUAAAACUCGAGUUCAACAUCAAAAGACCACACAAAAUUACACACAAAACACACACACACACGUGAGAGAUAAUGAAACUGUUAUACAAACCAAUUGGUAAGGGCUGUCAUAAGCAAGACCAGCAAAAAAGAGACUCAAAACGAAACGCAAACUUAAAAUAAAAUCAGACAAAAAGCAAACACAAAUUCAAAGCAAGUGACUGUAUGCGUGUGUACGAUGGACGAUUGGACACACCGGUUACAGUUCGCAGUAAUCAGACUCCUUAACUCGCCUGAUCAUCUUCACUUUUUCAUGAAUGUAAUGAAUUAAUUGCCUUAAAUGAUAUAUACAACAAAACAAAAAAACGACAUAUAUAAAUUGCAUAAAAAUAUACAAUAAAAAUAUAUUUAAAAAGGGGGAUAUGGGGAAAGAUCAAUGCAAGAGGAAAAAAAACACAAAACAAACGCAAGCAAAGAAAACCAGUACGUGCGGAACUGUUGUUAGGGACAAAACGGGCCGCGUGACAGGAACAGGAAACACAGCAUACAAAAUCGGAACAGCAAGUAAUCCAACACACGAGGAAAGGGAGUUCCUACUGAAAAGGAACGCAGUGUGUGUGUGGUUUGGAAAAAAAGGAAACGUUACAGUGGUGCAAAUUCGUUGCAGUUGCAUGCAAGGUACAUGAAUAUUAGCGUAUAGUGAUUAACUCCAUUUUUGUAUGCGAUGCACUUCUGACGAUGGAAGGCCGGCAGAGAAAACCCGCGACAUAAAAAUGAUGACGGCGACACAAAUGCAAACACACACACACACACCCAUACAAAAAAAAACAACGCUGGUGUAACACCCAGCAUGAAGCAUACAAAGUAAAACGAUGAUUAAAUGGUUAUCUAUAACUCUAUACAUAUAGACUAUAUACAUAGUGAUGAUAGUGAUGAAGGGAGGCGUGCAGGAGCGUAACACUAGUUGUAAGCAGAGCGCAAGAAUGAUGAGUUAAGCAGGUUGGCGGAGAAACAACAAACAAAACAUUAAAACAACGGUUUAAGCACGGAUCAGACGGGACGGCACGCUAUCCGGGUGUGACAUAGCAAAUAGGGCAACGUUGAUGAAAUCUAAUAUAAUUUAAAUUAAUUUAAAUCGAGACGAUGGGAGAGAAAGGAAAGAAAACAAAACAAGCACCUUUAGAUACGAAUAAUUUUUGACUAGUGGAAAAGAAAAACAAAACACGAGGGAAAACAAAAGGGAAACUGGCGUUCUUUCGCUUAGUGCAGUAUGAAAAAAAUGCUGUGAAAGCAGGUAUAAAUAUUGCAAAAACAAAAAAUCUGAAAAGCGAAAGGAUGCCGUACGCCGGCAAACAAGUUGAUAAAAUGAUAGUACAUAAACUCACAAUAGCAAAAUUCGGGUAGCUCUUAAGUUCACUGAACAUUUAUUCUAUAAUCAUCAUCAAGAUCAAGUUAGGACAAAAAUGUUAGGACAACAAAAGGAAGAAGAAAAACAUCAAAACAAGAGGGUGAAAAUAAAAAAACACACAAAUACACAAACACAAGAAAGGGAUCUCCCAUUCAAACACACAGACACACACACACAGGAAACACGGUUUAAUGAGAAUAUUGCAUAAUGAUUCACUGAGCGGACGGAAAGCCUUUUUGAAAUAAACUGAUUAAUCCUUAUUAUGAAA